AUGUCGCUUUCGCUCGGUCCAACCAGCAUUAGUAGCAGGCGGCAUGAAAGUGGCGGGAGCCGUGGCGAUGGCAAACGAACUGGUUCUUCCCGCAUUCGCGAGUCAGACGUCUUCGCGCAGCUGCAGGAUCGGCCCUCGGUGGAGGACCUCUGGCCCGGCGUGGAGAGUUACCUCGUGCAGGCGGCCCACACGAUACGCACCGGGAGCGUCGAACUGAUGGACCGGCUGCGGGACGUGAGACACCGCAUGAACUGGUACGCCGUGAUCUACUCCGUGUGCAGCGUACACCCGCAGAAGUCGAGUGAAAUUUACCAGCACUUGUCGCUCUUCCUUUUGAACGACUUGGAGGUCAACGUUCUGCGGCCGCUUCUCGAACAAGGCACCGCCAGUGGCUCAUCGUCGUCGUCGAGCUUGUGCCAGCAGUUCGUGCAGCAGUACCGACUCUUCAUGGCAUUCCGCCGCGUCGUUCUCUCCUGCUUCAGUUACUUGGAUCAGUACUUCACUGCGAAGUUUCGUCUUGACCCGGUGACGGCGUUGUGCGUAAAGAUGUUUUACGUCGUGGUGUAUGAGCCCAUCAAGGAGGCGUUGGUGGCGGAGAUGCUGGAGUUGGCAAAUGCGGCGCGGACGGCGCAGCUUCGUGGCAGUGCGGUGUCGUCGGCAGGCAGCGACGUGCAGGAGACAAUUGCGGCCAUUGUGGAGAUUUUAACCACAGUGAAGGCCUUCUCAACCCCGUGCGACGCGGCCGCGCAGAGUGCACGACCCCACCCCAAAGAGGAUGCCGCAGGCCCUUGCAGCUUCGCGCAGGGCAGAGGCGAGGGGAGCCGCGUGCCCGCUGCGGCCGCCGCUGGGCCAGAGCGCAGGCAGGGCGCGACAGCAGAGCCGAGGUGUGACGUGCCUCGUGCGCAUGGCCUCUCCACGGAGUCCUGUUCGAGGAGAGGCGGCGACAGUGAUCAAGACCGAAUGCGGCAACGGACCGCCAGUGAAGGCCACAGCGGCAGCUCCUCAGCAGCGGAAUGGGAUGCAAUGGCAGUGAAAGCGUUUAGUGCUACCCGUAUGCUGCGCGAGAUGCUUGAGAGGCGUGGACUUGCCGAACUGGUAACGGGUCAUUUGGUGACAAACCCCAGUGGCAAGAAGGGUCUUCAAAACAGCGGCGGUGUUGUUGGAGGUGCUGCUGCGGGUGGUGGUGUUACAACGUGGCCAGUGGAUUCCGUGGGGGUCGUCAUUGUCGACGUCGUGCAGCCGCUACAUUCUCUCAUCUUCGCAGACUUUGGCCUGCGGUACGUGGAGGCCGCCGAGGCGUACUACCGAAAACAGCGUGCGAUGCAGCUCAGCCUGCCUGAAGGCUGGAUUAACUACAUAUCGUGGGUCCAACGCUGCCUUGCGGUGGAGCGCGUGCUACUGCGGGACGUGAACGCGCCACAGCUUCCCAGUGCUCUGCGGAGGCGAAUGAAUCACGUCCUUCUAGUGGAGGUCCAUCGGUUGAUUAUUCUUGCGAAGGAGACUGGCUUCCGUGCCCAGUUGGAUGCGUGGGACAGCCUUACCUGGCGGGGCGCCGCUACCACGUUGAACGACGUGGCUUCCACUUCCUCCGCUUCGACGGGGGCGGCAGUGUUGGGAGAUGGCAGCGACGUGGACGCUGCCACGGCGUCGGCCGCGUGCGUCGUAGCACCGCCGACAAAUCCGUGGGAGCGGCUCCCGCAGGAGGAGCUUGGACGCCGCAUAAAAGACUUCGUUACAACCUUUCUCAGUACGCAGGAUGAGGCGUGCUGGACGUUGCUGGCCAGCGAAUUCGCGAGCAAAGUAGUCAUGGACACUGUCGCGCUGUUCCUCGCCUACAUGUCCCAAGUGGAGGCGUUGACGCAGCAGCAGCAGCCGCCGCCGCAUGAGGAGGAAGCGCUGCUGAGGCCGCCGCAGGCGCGACAGCGGAAGACGGUCCUGCCCCUGAGUCGGCGGCGGCGGCUGCUGCUGCUGGCGAAGAGGGGGGAAGCUGUGCCAGCGGACCCGGAGCCGUUGACGCAGCAGGGUCUGGCGAUGGGACUUAUUGGCGACCUUGUGGAUGUGUCGACGCACUACACUGACCUUAUUUGCGACAAGUUUAAUGAGCACCCACCGAUGCAGCUGGCGAUGGGCGACGCGUUGCGUGAGGUGUUAAACCCAGAUCGAUGGGGGCAGCUCGUGGUGGGGGGCACGAUGCAUGCCGGCGUCUCUGCUCUUGCACGAGGGGAGUUGCCGAGCGUUCUCCUCAACCAUGACGCCGUGAAGAGAACGCUGGGUGUGCUGAGGCGGUUGACCACCAUGCGUGGAACAAAGGAGAUUGCUGUGCCGCAGUUCUUUGCCCUGUACUGUGACCAACUUUGCCGGCGGGAACUCGACGACGGCGUGACAGACCCCGUAGAUCACGUCGUCUACCUCAUCACACUUCUGGACGACAAGGACGUUUUCUUUGAGCACUAUAAACUCCUCUUGGCACGUCGUCUGCUGUUUUUACCGUCGGCACAGCUCAAUAUGGAUCGAGAACAUGCAUUGAUGCAUAAGCUGCGCCAAGCCCUGGGACGCACGAUGACGUACAGUCUGGAGGCCAUGUUGCGGGACCAUGAAGCAAAUGCGAGUAUGAAUGAGGAAUUCCUGCGGUCCGAUGUUUGCCUUGCAUUACGGACGAAGCUGCGGGUGCAGGUCCUUACCGCGGUGCACUGGCCGACCUAUCGCGUGCUGCCCCUCGCCCCAUGUGACUCGCUCGCCCGCGCAAUGAAGGCCUUCACGGAUUACUACAUUGCGGUACAUCCAUCCCGUAUGCUGCACUGGAUCCACACGCUCGGAUCCGCGACGCUGCACGCCGUGUUCCCAAAAGGCAACAAGGAAGUGGUUGCCAACACCCUGCAGGCACAUAUACUUCUUUUGGUGAGCGACGCGUGCAACGCCGACGGCGGUCCUGCGGCGGUCAGUCCGGGGAACAGUGCGGGUCAAGCGACCGCGACGCGGUGGCGUUCGCUUUCCGGUCGAGAGAUCUCCGCGGCGAUGGGAGUGGAGUUUCGCGACAUUUACAUUUAUCUUGCCCCGCUCGUGCAGCACAAACUCUGCAAUCUUCUGCUACGCGUGGGGCCAGCAGCCGUAGCCGGUGCAGGGCCAACAACCCCAUCGCCGUCACUACCCCGCGCAGAGGCGGCGGCGGUCGUGCCUGUGCCUGGGCGGCUGCUGCCCGAGGACAGAUUUACACUGAACUUCGAUUACGCCCACAGGCUGCGCAAGUUCAAGCUCCCUGUUGCACGUUCCACGCGAGGCGAUGAGUGCGAGGGAGCCGCGUUGGACCCCCCGUCUGCAGACAGGAGAGCGAGUGCUCUCUCCGACGGAAUUGAGGUGUCGCGGCGACUUCAGAUGGAUGCUGCCAUUGUGCGCGUUAUGAAGAGCCGACGUGCGCUGCGGUACUACGAGCUUCUGGAGCUUACGCUACAACAGCUCUCCAAACACUUUGUUCCCCCGUGCAAGAUCCGUAAAGACGCAGGUGGAGGAUCUUGUCUGUCGCGGCUUCCUGCGACGAAGCGAGACAGACGCCUCCGUAUUUGA